AUGGCAUCUAUUGACAUGAGAACUACCAAAUCUGAUCAUAAUCCAGUCAAACAUGGUAGCGGCGCUAACGACUCUAUUGCCACAACCGGCAAUCAGAAUACUCAGAUCAACUCUCCUGCCAAUGUUCCACCCAUUCCAAACGGCUAUUAUUAUUGUCCGUACCCACCACAGUUUUUUGAACAAUUUCCAUAUAUGAAUUACUAUCAAGAUGCAAAUUUUGCACCAUUCAUUAACGCGGCUCAACGAACAGCCCUUCCAUCAUCACAUGACCAACCUGCUCAGUUUCCAGGAAACACCGGGAGCCAAGGCAAGUUCCCAGCCAUGUAUGAAGGGACGAACCAAGGUCAUCCAAAUCCUUUUCCACCUUUCCAGAUGUCACCUGGUUUGGGAUACCAAAUCCAAGUUCCGUUAGGGUACACAUUCAGCUGCUUGCAUGACCCCAACUCAACUUUCACACUGUCGAGAGUGUUCUACUCUCAUGAUUAUAAGGAUUGGGUAUGGGAAUUUAGUGAAAUAUUGCGCAAACAGGGUCUAGGCGAGAACUUAUCAGCACGGAGAAAUGGGUAUAGAAAAUGUUUAAAAGAUGAUGAAGAAGAAUACAUUGCCAACAUCCAUACGGCAUGUGUUCCCAACACCAGCUAUCCCAAAUGGUUCAAAAAGUGUCUGGAGAAUAACAUGGAGUUCAUAGAUUGUUUCUUAGAAGCUGUGGCAAUCAUCUCAGAAGAAAAUGAUAAACUAACCUUACUGCGCGAAAUUGUAGCAUUAUCUCUACGCGACAGAGAAUCGAUCGAGAAAUUUGCACAGAGAGCAACCAAACUCUAUCAAAGAGCAGAAAGAGCUAAAGUUUCCGAUUUAGAUGAGUUAUUAACAUCUCAGGUCCUGGAAGUUUUGCAUAAUGAAUAUCUAUUAGUGAUAGUAACGUUUCACCGUGAAAAGGACCAAAGCUUCAUGAACCUCAUGAGAAUCUUAUUAUCAGCGUAUUGGGACAAAAAAGAUGCUAAAGAACCAGAACGUAAGUACAACAAACAUCAAGGUAAACAAUGGAAUAACAGUUCUAAUGAAAGGAAGCAAAAAAUUAACCGUUUUAACAACAGCAAUCAAUAUACUUCAAGGGAACGAAAAUAA